UGGAGAAUUGAAGAAUGGCAAACGUGCGUGCUUUGUGGUGGCGUUGGAUUGAAGGAUUUUAUUAACCGAUGCAGUGGCUUCAUGUUGAAUAUCACACUUUGAGCUAGCUUGGUACUUGCCACACCGCCAUGGAUGAGUCCCUCUCCCACGCCGAUAUCUCAUCAGAUUCUGGUAGAAGAAGCGGUGGUUGGAUCACUUUCCCGUUCAUCAUUGGGGCUUUGGGAGGCUUGACACUUGCAGCUGGGGGAUGGAUCUCAAAUUUGAUUGUGUUUCUGAUUGAAGAGUUCAAUGUAAACAGCAUUGAUGCUGCCCAGAUCUCAAAUGUAGUUUACGGUUCUUUCAGUUUUUUCCCAAUCAUUGGAGCAAUCAUAGCUGACUCUUUCUUUGGCUCAUUCUACGUUAUCUCAAUAUCCUCUUGCAUUUCCUUGCUGGGCAUCGUUCUCUUAGUUUUAACCGCAACGCUGAAUUCUUUGAAGCCUCAACCUUGUGCUACCGGCUCAAAGUUAUGCCAACCGACCUCGGCAUUACAGUAUGCAGUCUUGUACACAGGCAUAACUCUCGCAUCUCUAGGCUUGGGAGGUACCCGCUAUACCUUGGCAACACUUGGAGCCAAUCAAUUUGACAAGCCUAAGCAUCAAGCAAGUUUCUUCAACUGGUUCUUCUUCACUCUGUACUCUAGUACAGUGGUAGCCUUUACAGUCAUUGUCUACGUUGAAGAUAACGUCAGUUUUAAAUGGGGCUUUGGCCUAUGUGUCAUCGCCAACCUAAUCGGCAUGGCCAUUUUCUUCUCUGGAAGCCGUUUCUAUAAAUUCGAUAAACCACAAGGGAGUCCAUUUGUUGGUUUCGGUCGUGUUAUUGUUGCCUCUGUUCGGAAAACUAGUCUCAAGCCAUCAACUGAAAGAAAGGAUUAUUAUUAUGGACAUGAUGGAAUGACAAACAAUGUGGCUGCAGCAACACUUAGCAAGAGUUUCAGGUUCCUUAACCGUGCAGCACAGAAAAUUGAAGGAGACGUGAAAUCAGAUGGCUCAAUUGCGAAACCAUGGAGCUUAUGCACAACGCAACAGGUGGAAGAUUUCAAGACCGUUCUAAGAAUUUUUCCACUAUGGUCUACAGCUUUAUUCUUAACUACCCCAACAGCAAUCCAAUCCAGCAUGUCAGUCUUGCAGGCUCUAACCAUGGACCGUCACAUUGGCCCCCAUUUUAAAAUGCCAUCUGGUUCUGUUAUAGUCAUUGUUCUAUUCUCCACGUCCAUCUUUCUAACCCUAAUUGAUAGAUUCUUAUGCCCUAUGUGGCAGAAGUUCACUGGUCAGUUUCCGUCGCCCCUCCAGCGUGUAGGAGUAGGACACGUGUUAACCAUUCUCAGCAUGGCUGUUUCAGCAGUGAUGGAGUCCAAAAGGCUCAAAAUAGUGCAAGAACACCACCUCCAAGACCAGCCUGGUACUAUUGUUCCAAUGUCGAUCUUUUGGCUUUUCCCACAGUUAGUUUUGAUAGGCAUUGGAGAAGCAUUUCAUUUUCCAGGACAAGUUGCAUUGUAUUAUCAAGAAUUUCCCAUGUCACUGCGAAGCACAUCGACGGCCAUGAUCUCAUUGAUUAUUGGGAUUGCAUAUUAUGUAAGCACAGGUGUGGUUAAUAUGGUCCAAAGGGUUACUGGAUGGUUACCAAACAAUCUAAACAAUGGGAAGCUGGACAAUGUUUAUUGGAUGCUAGCUGUGCUGGGGGUGAUAAACUUUGGCUAUUAUUUGGUGUGUGCUAAGUUGUACAAGUAUCAAAAUGUAAAGGGUGCAGAAGGUAGUCCUGAUCCAGAUAGCUAGUGAUAAGUGAUUAGAGUUGGUUGGUGAUUAAAGAAAUUAUCUGGGUCAUAAGACUUGGCGCAAACCGAGAACAGUGGCGUUGCCAACCCCACUUAAUUAGUGAAAUAAGGCUUUGUUGUUGUUGUUAUUGUAUAAGUUGUCUCAUAUGUCCCAGCUUUUACAAGUAUUGAGAUCGCAAUAAACAUAAUUUGAACCAAA